AUGUCGCAGAUCUUCAUCGCCUUCGCGGGCGGCACCAUCGUCAUCACGCAGGAGAUCGCCAUCAUGGCGGCGGCGGCGCAUAAGGAUGUCGCGGUUGUGCUGGCGCUGCUGAGUGUGUUCACGGGCGUGGGACAGGCGGUCGGGUUGAGUGUUAGUGGGGCCAUUUGGACGAAUACGCUGUUGAAAUAUUUGGAGCUGUAUCUUCCGCCGGAUGCUAAGGCGCAAGCGGCCACGAUAUAUGCGAGUUUGACGACGCAGUUGCAGUAUGAGGUCGGUAGUCCGGAGAGAGAUGCGAUUGUGAGGGCGUAUGGGGUCGCGCAGAGACGCUUGUGUGUUGCGGCUACGGUGGUGCCGGUGUUGAUGUUCGUUUGGGUCGGGAUGUGGAGGGAUAUUAAUGUUAAGAGUUGGUCGAAGGAGAAGGUAGGCUUUGAGGUUGCUGAAUGA